CCAGUAACGCAGAAGCAGAGAGCACCGGGGGGGGGAUGGAUCUAGAAGAAGCUCUUCGGGUUGUCGGCGAGUUUGGACCCUACCAGAAGCGGGCGGUGGCUGUCCUGGUCCUGACACAGGUGUACAUGGCCUGUCAGUCCAUGCUGAUCGUCCUGGUUGGAUCUACGCCGAAGUACCACAUCGAGCAGCAGGACGGGGUCCCAUCCAGCCAGCAGGAGCUCCACCAACACGUCACAUUUACAGAGGACAUCGACUCCAUAGUGACAGAGUGGUUUCUCAUCAAGCAGCAGGCCUAUAAGGUCAGUCUGGCUGGAUCGCUGUUUUUCGUCGGGCUUCUGGUCGGGAACGUCGUCUUCGGGCCGCUCUCCGACAAGAUCGGCAGGAGACCUGUUUACUUGACGGGUCUGUUUUUUGAGGUGAUCUUCGGUUAUGUGACCGCCUUCGCACCCAGCUACGAGGUCUUCGCUGUGUCUCGUCUCCUCGUGGGGCUGAUGAAUGGCGGCAUCGGCCUCGUCUGCUUCGUUCUCACUCAGGAGUACGUGGGCAAGUCCUACUGGGCCAUGACCGGGACGUUGACGAGCAUGAGUUUUGCAGUCGGCAUUGCACUGUUUGGAGCUCUGGGCUACUUUAUCCGACCGUGGAGGACCCUGGCCAUAGUGGCCAACUCGUCUGGUGUCCUGUUCUUCCUGAUGUCUGUAACUCUUCCAGAGUCUCCUCGCUGGCUGUAUUCUCAGGGUCGGACGGAGCAAGCUGAAGAGGUUCUCCGCUACAUGGCCCUGAGGAACGGCAAAGCUGCCAAAAACCUGGUGUUGAAACGUGUCGGUGGGGCUAAAGGCGGUAACCGCGGCAACAGGGGUGCGGGCAUCCUGCAGCUGGUGAUCCAUCCAGUCCUCCGCCUGAGGACGAUGGUGCUCAUGUAUGUCUGGUAUGCAUGCAGUCUGGUGUACUACGGUCUGACUCUCGGGGCCGGUGAGACGUCAGGUAGCCGCUAUGUCAACGUAGCCAUGUACGGCCUGGUGGAGCUGCCCGCCUACCCGCUCUGCAUAUAUUUCAUAAACAAACACUGGGCUGGGAGGAGGAAAAGCAUGGCCAGUUUCUUGUGUCUGGCUGGCUCCGCCUGCUUCUGCUCCAUGUUCAUCCCAGAAAACACCGGAACCUUUCUGAGCGUGACGUCGUUUGCCCUUCUGGGAAAACUGAUGGUCAGUGCAGCGUUCAACAUCGCCUACGUCUACACCUCUGAACUCUACCCAACAGUUAUCAGAAAUGCUGGUUUGGGUGUUUGUUCCAUGUCGUGCAGAGUUGGAGGAAUCCUUGCACCGUUUGUUCCUUCAAUGCGGGCUCUCCACACCUCCAUGCCUUUCACUGUGUUCUGUGUGAGCGGUCUGUCUGCCGGCUGCCUGGGCCUCCUGCUGCCUGAAACCCUCAACGGACCUUCAGCAGAAACUCUGGAGGAGCUCACCAGCUCCCCCCACAGCCGAGUGCUGGAGAGCAAGGCUCUUUUGUAUGAAGAUGACAAACCGAAAUCGAACAACAAAUGAAGCCCGCGGUCUCGGGUCUUCGUUGCUGAAGCCGCUCAGAGCAGCAACACAGAUUGUCUACACCUCAAGUUUCCUUAUGAAACUGCUGCCUCAAGAAAACGGUGAACUCUCCCUUUUAUAAUUAACUUGAAGGAGUAGUCACCAUAAAUAUGUCUGUGAAGUCUGACAUUUCAAAUAGGGCAGGGAAGUAGAUGCCUUCAGGAUGAGGGAGUUAUCGACUGACUCGCAGUUCCUCUUGUAUGCAAGUUUACAAUGGUCGACCCCCUGCCUGUAGUUCAUUUCCUGAGUAUCAUCAUGGUCUUUGUGCCUUAUUUGGAAGUAGACAGAUGUGUGACUUACAUUACAUUCCAGUGAUGCCGGGAAGUCGGAAAAUCGAACUUGCUCCUAGCGAAAGUGUAAUGAAGCGUGAUGGAGUGACAUGUAUCUGACAUGACACACACUACACAUGCUAACUUCAAACAUGUUAAGAUUCCUUAAAUUACAGUCACAGUUAAAUGAUUUUCAGGAGGAAAUGUGCGUUAUGCUGAGACACAAAAUCUUUCUCUUGUGUCUGUGGCAGUUAGCUCUGUCCUGUACAAAAGUGUUAGUCAAGACCACCUAAACCGAGACCAAGACAAGACCAAAACUUUGAGUGGUUGAGACCAAGUGUAGACCAGGACCAGGCAGUGCAAGUCCCACACUGCAUGACACACCUGUUAAAAAAAAAAAAAAAAAAAAAAAAAAAAAAAGGGAUCAUGCAAAACAUAGACUAGCCACAUUCCUGUAUAUGUUGACUCAGGACAGGAGGAAAAACAACCCAAGGGGUCAUGCUUUUUUAAAAUUAGAUAAUUUGCACUGUUUUAUUUUAUGUAUGGGCUCAGUGCCGCUGGAUAUAUAUUUGCUAUCAUGUUCCUAAUCUGAGGAUAUCAUAUAGGUUGGGGCUUACAUUGGUUUAUUAAUAUCUUUUAAAUUUUGAUUGUGAAUCUUAAAGGCAUUUUGUGCUUUAGCGCACUAUAUAAAUACAAAUUGUAUUAUUAUUGCUACACUAGUUGGCUACUUAUCUCUGCUUUCUUAUGUUCAAGGGGAAAAAAGCAGUAAAAUAGUAGAAAUCUUGUGACAGACCAACAGGAAACUGAAGAAUCAACAGGAGACUCUUGAUAUUUUUUAGGCUGAAGGUUUAUUACAGCUUAAUUUUAAGGAGAAUCGAAUACAACAUUACAUUUUGAAAAGUGCAUAGCCACCCUCAAUUCUGAAAGUUAUUCAGAAUUAUCUCAGAGAUUUUAGUAGCAGUUUGACAUGAAUUUCUACAGACCAAAAACGCCUCUUUUUAUUUAAAUCAGACGUCACCAAUAGAGGUUAAAUUCGUCAAAUAUAACGCCCAGCAAUCAGCCAUUUAAUAAAUGAGUCAAACUUUUAAUCAUCACCAUUUCACUCAUAACUAAUAACAGUCAGGAACUAAAGUUUUUAUUUUUUUUAGGACCUUAUGGGGAAAUCAGAAUCGUAGUCAUGUAGGUCUGAAUUUUCUGACAGCAUGAAGAGAAGCUGGUAAAAGUGGGAUCCGUACAGUCAUUUUUAUCCCCAGCUAUCGGAUUUUUAAUGUUUAUUUGAUAUUUAUGUUUUUGUUAUUCAUGUAAAGACUCGGCGCACACAUUUUAUAAAAGGAGAAAAAAGCUUUGCACAGAGUGUUUACCACAAAGCCAGAUUAGCUUGAGAGUGUGAGAUGAAGGUUUAGCCAGUUCAAAUAAACCUCAAGUGUUUGUGGGGAGUGAUCAGUUUAAAAACACUACUUUAUAAUGGUGCCAAUGAAAGACUUUAGACAACCAACACAAAUUGUAAUCAGCCAGUAAUCAAUCAAACCACAACUCUGGAACAUAAACUAUCAAGUAGUUUUUUUUAUAUGUGCAUCAAAACAUGUCGUCACUGCCGUCUGUGCCUUCUUAUGUAGCCUUGAAUUCUGAAAUGUUUUAAAAAACAAAACAUGUAAGAUAUUAUUGAGAUGUAAAUAGAAAUAUAAGACACAAGUUGUCUGAGAUGUUUUAUAUGCCAUCAUUUUGUAUUUUAUGUGUAUACAAUCAUACUCGUACAAUGUGUACUAUGUAGAUAUAGUGUGCAUACUAUGUCUCUGGGUCCUUAAAAUGUUCAAUGAUCUAUUUAUGUAAAAGACAAUAAACGCUUG